AAAUUAAAACUUCUUGAAGGUAGCCCAUCUAAGUGCCAAAAAGCAUUUCUAUUACUAUCCUUUGUUUUUGUUUAUCCAAGUGGGUUGCGUCUCCUACUCGAACCUCACUAAGUCGCCUGGGGUGAAUUACUUCACCCAACUUUUACCAAUCACAUCCAGAAUGACAGGAAAGGAAACGUAUGGAACGAAUGCAUCGAAAUGUAGUCAGGAGGAUAUCGUGCUAAAAUCUUUGGUCGAUGCUUUUGGUUCUAAGUUUUCACUUGAGGAAAUAGCUUCUGCCUAUUUUAAGGCAGGCUACAAGGCAGACUUGGCAGGUGAAAUCUUGUUUCAAAUGCAGGAGAGCACCUCGAGCUCUGCAUUGAGUGAUGACGUUGGAAAUGGAGAUAACUUGGGUAAGGGUAAAGUGUCUGAGAAGAAAUAUCAGGUAAAAGGGAACCUGAAAGCUGCAAAGUCAAAGGUUCAGUCUUUUUCAACAGGCACAGUGUCCAAUAUUAUCGGUAAAGAAUAUGCUUGUUCCAAGCCAUCAGGAAAUAAGUUUACCAAGGUAAAUAAACCAGUAAAGGUAGAGGUAAAGGUUUUGCAUGAAUCUUCAAGUGAGGGAGAUUGUACAAGUUUACCCAGUGACUUUGACCUGCAUCAUGAGAUGGAAGAUUUUCUCUUCAAAAUGCUUGGGGAUGGUUUCAGGUUGAAAAGGGAAGUGAUCCGAGAAGUUAUUGGCACUUGUGGAUAUGAUAUGAAAGAGAGCAUGGAGAAUUUGCUUAAUCGGUCAACAACACCAGUGGAUGAAAGACUUGGUUCGGGUAAUAAGUCAACUGAUAUGACUGCAGCUUCAUGUUCAAGAUCAGAUUCAAUUUCAUGUCAGAGAAAUAAGGCAGAAAACCAUUAUCCUGGAGGGUCAUCUUGGAACGGAAAUUUGGCCUCAAGCAAAAAAGUCUUGGAAUUGACUAACCUGGAAAAGACUAGAAGUGAUCUUCAAAAGGAGGUUUUGACCGCAUUAUAUAAUGCUUCUGAGGAACCAGAAGAGGAGUCACCAAGAAGAACAGUACCAAGGAGGAAGCAGUUUGGAGCAUAUGGACAAUUAGUGAGUGAACCGUUCAAAGAUGUGGAUGCAGAGCGUGAGAAGCCUGUGGAAUACAAUGAUCAAAUUGAUUUGGAUGUUGAAGUUGAGGAUGAAGAAAAUAGCUACCAACUCCUUCGUAAAGCUGUUAGGGAGUAUCGUGGCACAAUGAAGGAAUAUUAUGCAGCGGCCAUAGAUGCAUUUGCUAAAGGGGAUUCUGUUCGAGCAGCCAAACUCAUAGAUGAGGGGCACUUUUUUCACAAAAAAGCUCAAGAAGCAGACAAACAGUCAAACCAGUUAAUUUUUGAACCCAGGCAUGCAGAUACUGAAGAUGAUGAAAUGUUGCUUGAUUUGCAUGAUCUUGGUGGGAAGGAGGCAGUGAAAGUUUUAAAGUCCCAAAUUUCUUCACUCUCCGGGAUCCCAUCAAUUAAACAUCUUAAAGUAAUCAUGGAGGCAGAUGAUAAAAAUACCUCAAAGCGGUCUUGUAGACGUUUGGUUAUGAAGCUGUUGGAGAAAGAGUCAAUCGAGUGGACCGAGGAAGAAAAUGGCAGUUACAUUCUAAUCCACUUGGAUACAAUUGAUCGAAAACGAUUAAGUUUUGUCAAAGGAGUGCAUUGAGAACAAAUGGACAACAAAAAAGUAGAGAAAAAGUCCACCUGGAUACUAUUGAUCGAAAAACAGUCAUCGAGUGGACUGUGGAAGAAAAUGGUAGUUACAUUCUAAUCUGUCUGGAUACCUUUAACCGAAAACGACUAAGUUUUGUCAAAUGAAAGAAUGCAUUGAGAACGAAUGGGCAGAAAAAAGAUAGAAAAAAAAUCAAUAGAACUCAAAACAAGAAAUUGUUUGAAGAUAAUUUACGAUGCAUCACAGAAGUAUACAUAUAUGUUUUUUUGGUGUAUGGAGCUCGAGAUUUGAUGCAGUAUCAUUGGGGGGAGAAACCUUGAAGACAAUUUGUAGUUCAAUUAUGUAUCAUCCCUCUAAGCCACUUUUUUUUGUGUAAAAUUCUGUUAUAUAUCAUCAAAUAGAACUCUAUUCAUCACAUCAAUA